AUGGCAGGUGCCAAGCGGAAGCUUGACACCGCUCAUGCUCCAACUGCUUCCGAAGGGGCUUCACAAUCCGCAAACAAUGCUCAAAAUGUUCGCGUCACCAGAAGAAGCGCGGCUUCGCAGGCAAAUCGCGAUCCGCGUGGCAGCGACAAGAGCCAUAAUAACAGCACUACUACUUCUUCAACCAGUAGUAACAAUAGCAGCAACAUUCCUGCUCGUCGGUCACGUAUCGUCAAGCUAAAUACUCGUGGUGCGCUAGCAAAUAAUGCUAAUACUAAUCCAAUCAAUGCACGCGAGACUCGUACUUCUCGAGGACGAGCCACAGCUCUCUCAUCUUCGCAGCAGUCGGAACCAAUUGCUUCUGCUCCUUCCCAAGUCCCUGAAACGCCCCGGUUAAAGCGCAUGAAGCGCGGCUCGGUGGCUGAGGAAACCCCUCGAACUACGAGGCAGUCCGCCAGAAUCAGGGCCCUGGGGCCCAACCCACAUGCCUCUUUUGAUGAGGCUGUGGAAGGAAAGCCUUUGGAGGCCAGUCCAACGAAGGCUUCGAGUAUCAGGGCCAAUGUUGAAGAUAAAGACGAUACUACUGCAGCUAUCACAAAAUCCCCGUCCCCUGACGAGGUAAACAUCUCCGAAGAACCAAAGGUUGGAGAUACAGAUGAUCCGGAGGACCCCAAAACCGAAUGGAAUCCCGCCGAAGGAACAGCCGACGCCAAUCUAAACAACGAUGGCGCAUCGACUAAUGCGCACCGAGAGACACCAACGCAAUCGCUCAGCCCACCUCAAAAGGAGCGCAAUUCCCCAGAAGCAGAAGUCAAUACUGUAACUGAAUCAGCAGAUGUAUUUCCAACAGCUUCAGAGAAGAAGCCUAAGUUUGAAGAAACUGAUCUAGACCGCGCAUUGGAACAGCAACUACAAAAUGGUACAGCAGAGAAACAUGAUUCACCAUCUCCCGCGGACGCCACGGAAGAAUCUAGAGUGGACGACGAAUCGCGUCAAAUUACCGAUGUUGAAGAAUCUGUCGUUCCAAAUGGAGUUAGAUCCACUGCCAGACCAACAACCGUCAAAGGGCGCCAAGCAGCGCGCAUUGCUAGGGGCCGGGCGAAGGGUAAAGGUCGUCCAAAGGGCAAGGGACCGGCUGCUCGUCGUGCUGCAGCCGCAGCAGCCGCAGGACGUGGCAGGCAGAUGGAGAGUCCGGAGUUAAGGUCUGAACGCUCUCCAUCUCCCUUUGCUGCUGCACGAAAAUUAUUGGACCGAAAACUGGAACUGGACCGCGCGUUCAAGAAAGUGGCAGCCGCACAGAGAUUGGCUUUGCAUGUGAUGGCUGUUCGAACAGAAAAUCAACUAGCUCGCGACAAGAAUGCUCAUCAAAAGGUGCCCGAGUUUGACAAACUUGAAGCGGUUUUGACCGCGUACCGCCAGAAAAGGCAAGACAUUUUGCGUCACGAAUACGAAUUUCGGGUCGAACAAGAGAAUCUCUUGUUUACAUCCGAACAAGAUCGUCUUGAGCGAAAGUUUCGCGCAUCUGCCCGCCAUAUCCAAGAGGAGCAUUUUCUCGCCGCGCAAGGUGAUUACAUGGCUUUCGUGGAGGGCCGGCGUGCUGCAGAGGAUGACGAACAUACCGAGACGGAUGGUUCAGAAACAGAACAGUAUAAGAGGCCGAGGGCUCCUCCCAUCAAGGAGUUCAUACGGGGUUUCAAUUCCAACCACGUGAGAGAACCUGCUGGCGCAGCAGCCUAUGAACGAGCCGACACGGGAUGGGAGCAGUUUGUUCAACGCGUGAGACUAGGCGAAGACUUCGACCCACAGAUGAAAGAAAUGCGGGAGAUUCAUCCAUCGGGUGCUACUAAUCAACCAGUAUUUGGAACAUUGGAGAUGUUGCUGGAGGCGACUAAUGCUGUCGCCAACCAGCCGACGUCUGAAAUCCCUGCUCCUGCUCAAACUGCACCCGAGAUGCCAGCCGUGGCCUUGUCCGCGCUCGCCGAUGUGGCUUCUAGCGAGGGCCCAAUUAGGACAUCGCGGCCAUCCAUGCUUCGUACGAUCCUCCCACAACCAAUGACAGAUCCACGACCCUAUAUGUUACCACGACCGGGGCCUCAUCCUGCACCCCCACAACCAGGGCCGGCGCGGCAACAAACCCGUCCUCUUCUGCCAGCCGGCCAGCAGAUCCCCUCGAUCAAUGAGCAAUUGGGUCUUCCGGAUCCUUUUGUUCCUGGCGGCGGGCCUCCUCAGCUUCCGCCUCCUCCAGGGUCUAAUUUUCAAAGACCUCCACCCCCGGGCUUUCUACAGAGUAGUCCACUUUAUUUUCCGCCUCCGCAUCACCCAUCGGGACCUCGUCCUCCAUACUAA